UCGCGAGCCACCGCGGCCGCCACGGUGGAUGUGCUUGAGAUAGCCCAGAAUCCGAUCGGUUCGCUAAUAUACGAAUCGACCUCGGCCAAUAACCCUACUAAAUUGCAUCAUGGAUUCAGCUCCCGCCGCGGCGUCCGACCGGCCGCGCACCCGAGCGCGCGUACGGACUUCCCACCUCGCGCCGGCGGCGCUAAUGGCCGCCUGCGAUCACGCCCUCUUUGAGUUUUUGGCGCCGUGGAUGAAAAACGGGUGCGCACUCUACGCGGCGAACGAAGAGAUCCAACGCAGUGGGGUGCUCUAUCGGCGGCGGCGCCUCGGCAAAUUGGCCGCGCUGCGUCGGGAGGUCUUACGUCUACGCGACGAUAAUUGUUUUGUCAACCUCUCGGGAAGUGACUUCGACCUUAACCGAGCGGCCCGAGUCCGAGUGGGGAUGGAUCAAUGGCACAAAAUUAUUGAUGUCCGGGGUGAUACUGUUAUCUUGGAAAAGUUGUUUAAGAGCGGGAGUCAUCCCAACCGUUUCCCCACGUUAUUGGUGCGUCUCGAGCAGUGGAGAUGCAGUCUCAGAAACGGUGCCGUAGCCAGGCCCGGGGAUGAUGGGACUGAUUACUUGAGCUCAAGCCACGACGGUUUGCGCAAUUGCUGGAAUGCGGGUGUCUAUAUGUACACACACAAUGCCAAUGACGCACAAGACGCCGACUUAGACUACUAG